CCUACGUUUCUCCGAAACCCCUGCAUAUUCUCAGGAUUCACACGCACCACAACCUUUUGUUUCUCUCUCUUUCUCCACCUUCUUAUUCUCUCCUCGAACCACAGUGGUGAUGCGAUCUGUUGUUGUGCCCCUUCCAGAUCUGAUCGUGAAUCCUUUUCUCUCCCUCUGCAUUUUCUCUCACUUGAUCUAGAACGAGAGAGGGAGAAAUACAGAGAGAGAAAGACAAUGGAGAAUGGGGAAAUUGAGAGCUCGGAUGAGGGCUCGGCUUCCCAGACUAGGCGCCAGUACAGGCCCGUUGUUUCCCAUGAUAGUGCGGUUAUCGAAAUGUCAUCGAUACCUCCUGGUUUUUCACCUGCUCCGCCUAAUGAUGAGGUUUCAUUGAAGAAAAUUAAAGUGAAUACGCCGACAAGUGCAGGGUCAAAUGCUAGAGAUGGAACUUCUUCUCCUGGCCAUUCCAUGUUUAGCAGAUCCCGGGAUUCAAAACUGGAAUUGUUCGGUUUUGACUCUCUUGUCAAUAUACUGGGCCUACGGAGUAUGGCAGGGGAACAAAUUCCAGCACCCUCUAGUCCCAGGGAUGGCGAGGAUGUUGCUAUCACUCUUGGACGUCCCAAGACAACAGAUAUUAAACUUGGGACGUUAAUGGGCGUGUUUGUCCCAUGUUUGCAAAACAUAUUGGGAAUCAUCUACUAUAUUCGUUUCUCAUGGAUUGUUGGCAUGGCAGGCAUAAGCGAGUCCCUUGUGUUGGUUGCAAUGUGUGGCUUGUGUACGUUUUUGACCAGCAUUUCACUAAGUGCCAUUGCAACUAAUGGUGCCAUGAAGGGUGGUGGACCAUACUAUCUCAUUGGCCGUGCCCUAGGUCCUGAAGUUGGUGUUAGCAUUGGCUUGUGCUUCUUCCUUGGCAAUGCAGUUGCUGGUUCUAUGUAUGUUUUGGGAGCUGUGGAGACUUUUCUAGAUGCUGUGCCAGGUGCUGGAAUUUUUAAAGAAAGUGCAACGAGUAUUAAUGCCACUUCACCAGCAGGGAGAAUUGAAGAAACUAUACUCAGUCCCAGUUUGCAUGAUCUGCAAGUAUAUGGUGUUGUAGUGACCAUUCUUUUGUGUUUUAUUGUAUUUGGUGGUGUGAAAAUCAUCAAUAGGGUUGCACCUGCUUUUCUUAUCCCUGUUCUAUUUUCACUAUUCUGCAUCUUUAUUGGAAUCUUUGCUGCUCCAAGGCAUGGUGCUACACCUGAUAUCACAGGGUUAAGUUUCAGUACAUUUAAGGAUAACUGGAGUCCUGGCUACAAUCGCACUAAUGCAGCGGGUAUACCUGAUCCAAAUGGGAAAAAUGAUUGGAACUUUAAUGCAUUGGUGGGCUUGUUCUUUCCUGCUGUGACUGGUAUUAUGGCUGGGUCAAAUCGUUCUGCAUCACUUAAAGACACUCAGCGUUCAAUACCUGUUGGAACACUAGCCGCGACCCUUACAACCACUGCUCUAUAUCUUGUAUCCGUAUUACUAUUUGGAGCUCUGGCUAAGCGAACUGAGCUAUUGACAAAUAGGUUACUAACUGCCACAGUGGCUUGGCCUGUGCCUGCAAUAAUCUAUGUUGGGAUAAUUCUUUCAACACUUGGGGCUGCGCUUCAAAGCAUGACGGGAGCCCCACGCCUUCUUGCUGCUAUUGCAAAUGAUGAUAUCCUCCCUGUUCUCAAAUACUUCAGAGCAGCAGAUGGAAAUGAACCUCACCUGGCUACCCUCUUCACUGCGUUCAUAUGCAUUAGUUGUGUAGUUAUUGGUAACUUGGACCUUAUAACUCCUACCAUCACUAUGUUCUUUCUGCUGUGCUAUGCUGGGGUGAACCUUUCUUGCUUCUUGCUGGACCUUCUCGAUGCCCCGAGCUGGCGCCCACGAUGGAAGUUCCACCAUUGGAGUUUAUCUCUACUUGGUGCUUCACUCUGUGUCCUGAUCAUGUUUUUGAUCUCAUGGUCAUUCACUGUGGUGUCUCUAGCACUUGCUAGCCUGAUAUAUUAUUAUGUGAGCAUCCAAGGGAAGGCUGGGGACUGGGGAGAUGGGUUCAAGAGUGCUUAUUUUCAGCUGGCCCUUCGAAGUCUUCGGUCAAUGGGAGCAAACCAGGUGCACCCAAAGAACUGGUACCCAAUCCCCCUCAUCUUCUGCCGCCCCUGGGGCAAGCUCCCCGAGAAUGUGCCCUGCCACCCCAAGCUAGCCGACUUUGCCAAUUGCAUGAAGAAGAAAGGUCGAGGAAUGUCCAUCUUUGUUUCCAUACUUGAUGGCGAUUAUUGUGACAAAGCUGAGGAAGCAAAGGUAGCUUGUCGCCAAUUAUCAGCUUAUAUUGAUUACAAGAAAUGUGAGGGAGUUGCUGAAAUUAUUGUGGCUCGGAGCAUGACGGAGGGUUUUCGGGGAAUUGUCCAAACAAUGGGACUUGGAAACUUGAAACCCAAUAUUGUGGUUAUGAGAUACCCUGAGAUUUGGAGGGAGGAGAAUUUGAGGGAGAUUCCCGAGACAUUUGUGAGCAUUAUAAAUGACUGUAUUGUUGCGAAUAAGGCAGUGGUGAUAGUGAAAGGGUUGGAUGAAUGGCCUGGAGAAUAUCAGAAGCAAUAUGGGACGAUUGAUUUGUAUUGGAUUGUGAGGGAUGGGGGGCUCAUGCUCUUGUUGUCACAGCUGUUGCUCACCAAGGAGAGCUUUGAGAGCUGCAAGAUCCAGGUCUUUUGCAUAGCUGAGGAGGAUGUUGAAGCUGAGGAGCUAAAAGCAGACGUAAAAAAGUUCCUAUACGACCUCCGUAUGCAAGCAGAGGUGAUCGUGGUCACCAUGAAUGUCGAGGGGGGCCCACAAGAUGAUUCCUUGGAGGCGUUUAGUGGGGCCCAAAGGAGGAUAGCAGCUCGCAUAGCCGAGAUGAAGGCUAAGAAAGAGCAUGAUUCUUCUUCCUCUUCUUCAACACCAUUGGUUAAUGAGCAGCAAGUGAACAAGUUUCUGUACACAACGCUCAAACUCAACUCUGUAAUCCUCCGGUACUCUAGAAUGGCGUCCGUGGUCCUCAUAAGUUUGCCUCCGCCUCCUUUGAAUCACCCCUCAUACUUUUACAUGGAGUAUAUGGACUUGCUCGUCGAGAAUGUGCCGAGGCUUCUCAUGGUUAGAGGUUAUAGGAGAGAUGUUGUCACUCUCUUCACAUAGCCCCCUUUCUCUUUCUUUAUUCAUCAUCUUCACCAUCAUCAAUUCAUCUUGUUCUGUUGUUUUUCUUCUUCUCCCUUUUUCUACCAUCACUUGGGGGAAGCGGUUUUGUUCAUAAUUGAUUUUACUUGUUUAUCUUUUUUGGUUUACCUGAGGCUGAGGUCCAUUUAUUUAUUCUUGAUCGAGAAGCGUAAAUUUGAAUUUUCGAGUUUUGUAUUCCUAGGUUUUUCCUUUUCUUCUUUUUCCUUUUUCUCUUUUGUGGGAUUUGCAUCUUGAAAGUAUAGUGGUGUAAUCCUAAUACACCCUAACCAAAAGGGCAAUGUGUUUGUAGGAUUUCUAUGAGAACCUUUCUUGAUGUGUCAUUUUCUUACUUCA